AUGAAAUUCCACUACAUCAUCUCCUUUACUCUUGCCACCUUAACAGUGGUACACCCAUUGCCUAACGCCAACUUCCUAGCACGGAAUCCUUGCGAUACAGCCGCGUGUCUUCCUAUGUUUCCCCCUGCAUGUGGCGGAGGCAUUUGUUCCGGUCCAAAAUUUAUUGAGGAUGCUUCGUGUUGUUCAAAUACAGACUAUCAAUCCGCAUGUUGUGGCAAUCAUGCCCUAGAAUGUUGCGAUGAAAAUGAACAACAAGUCGCCUUUUGCAGUCAAAACGAAAAUUCAAAUCUUUUGGUUUGUAAGCGCGAAGCACCUCAGGCCAUCUUUCAACGAUCUCCGAUGUACUAUAGUGCGGCCAACGAAGGAAAUAAUGAAAUUCAACAUGCUAAUUGCUGCGAUAAAGGUGUUGGUGAAUGUUCCGAAGAAAGCCACCAAACACAGCUCUCGAAUGACAACGGACAAGAGUUCGUGGCGGUGAACCGAAAACGAUGCAAGGCAGGAAGCGCCGGCAUGAGAGAGCAAAAGAGAUUAUUCAUGAACUCCGACUGCUGCGCCGAAAACUCCUUUUCAAAUGAGGCGAUCGGCAGUCAUAAUAUGGCUGAAAUGGAUAAUAAUGAGAGCGAAGUGGAAAGUUGCAAUGCCUAUAUGAAUAAUCAUAAUGUCAUUCUUCGAAGACACUUUGACAAUGGAAACUCAGGUGUUCCGCGAAAGAGAGGAUUACACUUGUUGAGACGAAGUUGUUCAUUCCUUGGAGGUUCCGCACCGUGUGGAAGUCCCGCACCGUGUGGAUUUCAUGCACCGUGUGGAAGUACUGCACCGUGUGGAUUUCAUGCACCGUGUGGAAGUACUGCAGCGUGCGAAAUUCCUGCACCCUGUGGAAUCCCUGCAGCGUGCGAAAUUCCUGCACCCUGUGGAAUCCCACAUCUAAUGAACCAAGGAAUUCAAUCCGAUCAACAACUAUGUCAAGCAGAUUGUUGCGAUCAUGCUUACGAAGAACAAAAUUCGAGUGGAUGUGAAACGAUGGGAUGCGGUGGGUGUCAAAGUAGUUUUGUGAUGGAUACUUGUGCUUGA